GACGCCAGGCCUUCUGGGGAUCUAAUGAGUAAACACAAAACAGCAAACUAGACGGGUCUAGCUGUCAGAUGUUUCAGGAAAUUUGGGUUUCGUGUGAGACCAAAACCAAAACAAUGUACUCAACUCUGAGCAAAUUGACCAAAUAGUUUUUAACGAGCUAGUGUGAACCCUCGUUUGUAGUGCUAAGCCUAUCUGCACAUCAAAUGAAUGGCUACCCCUGGCCCAAAGAACGACAGCAACAAGUACCCCAGAAAAGCGUACUUCGCGCUAGAGAUGUCAGAUCGGAGCUCAAGACGAAGCGAUAGCAGUCAUGGAGGACGAUCGGAGGAGAGAGACACGCUAGAUGAGGAUUUCGACGAAGUGUUUUGGAGAAAGGUGCGUGAUAAGUAUAAUGAAAGUGAAAUGUCAUGGAGCAGGGCUAUGGAUGAAGUGCGUGUUGAACAGCUGGUCGAGAAGUAUGAGAGCAGUGGUAAUAAGCUGUCUGAAAUCCCCCUUUUAGUGCUACUGAAGAGAUGGCCCACAAAGAGAAAGUAUAGAGACAGCCCGAGUCUACUGGCAGCACUGGAACACCAGAUCAACAGAUUUACUGCAAUACUUCUUGAAAAUGAGUCAGGAGUUGAUUACAAAUACUUCAGAGACAAAGAGGACCCCGCCCACAAGACCCUACUCCACCUGGCCGCAGCCCUGGGGUACAGCAGUGUGUGUAAGACCAUACUAAAUAAGUAUCCCGGGCAGUUAUAUAUCACUACCAGGCCGCAUAAUGAGCACAGACGGUACCUACCAGUAGAGCUUGCCUUGAUGAAGGAACACGAUGGAACAGCAGCUUUCCUUGUUAAACAGAUGAAGCAUGAAAGGGUCCGUCACCUCUUCUUGUGUAAUCAUCAAGAAAACCCAGACAACUUCAGCUUUAAUAAGCUAGUGGAAGGACAGAGAAUGGAGAAAACUGUGGUUGCGGUCCUCGACUGUAUGAUUACGCCGCACUACCCUUACCUUCCCGAACGACGCGAAAGCUACGAGUCACGUGAGGACGAAGAGAACAUCGAGCAUGCGUGGAACAGUGUCCCGGAUGAGCCGAUGAGCUACCAGUUCUACUACCAGAUUCUUGACGGUGACGAGUGGGGCCGCCUUCCUACGGUCCCAGCUCCUAGGGCGGGAGAGAGCACGGUGAAAAACCGGCACUUCAACUGGAAAACGAAGUCAUCGCUGUACUCAAUCGCCUACAGCGGAAAUAAGGAGGCGAUACAGCAUCCUGUCGUUCGAUUGCUAAUUAAGAAAAAAUGGAAGGAUUAUGCGCACAUGUGGUUUUGUACUCAAGCGGGCUUCUACACCGCGUUUCUGCUGCUCCUCUCGUAUGCUCUCAUCCACGGCUGUACGCGUGACAACCCUAACCGCUACAACGGCGCGGGGGACUGGGUCCGACAAGCAUGUGAGAUCUGCGCCAUAGUCAUGGUGGUGGCUUAUAUCAUAGAUGAAAUCAACCAGCUAGAAAAGGAGAGACUUAGCUACUUCAGGGAUGUGUACAACUAUUUCGACUGGCUUGGGCUGCUCCUGUUGCUCCUCGUCAUCCCAUUCAGAUUCGCGGACAAUGAUCAUCAAUGGCUCAUAGCUGCUGUAGGAUACUUUUUCAAUUUUCUUAGAAUUUUCAAGUUUUCUUGCGUGACAAGAACAACAGGUCUAUACACAAAGACAUUAGCAAAGAUCAUCUAUCGAGACAUGACGAGGUUCGGUGUCGUUUUUCUUAUCGUGUUUCUGGCGUUUUGUGGGACAUUCUUUAUGUCACUAAGAGCGACGGGCAACCACAACGUGUUUGGUGGUUAUAAUCUUGUGCUGCUCUCUGGUGUCCGUGCUCUUGUUGAACAACAGGGACCAAUUGACGAUUUUACAAAAUACAGGUGGUUACCGACGGUCGUGGUAUUGAUCUACAUGGCCGCUGUCGUCGUUAUCCUACUCAACAUCCUGAUAGCUCAGCUCAGUUCUACCUACGCCGAGGCAAAGAAGAUUGCGCGCCUGCAGUACGACAUAGAUCGUAUGCACAUCAUCACUAGACUCGAGCACAGCAGAUUUUACCAGUUGAACCUAAGACUCAUGCAUUUCAAGGAAGAAGAAUGGAUCGACGAGAUACGAUUAGCAAAGGAACUCCUAGAGUACAGCGAGGAUAGACAUCCGUGGGAAAGCAUCGAGGACAAGCUUGAAGCUAUUAGAACGAUGAUGAAGAAAGUUAUCAAGAAGUUCCCCUUACCAUCGGAAUCAAAACACUGAUAGCAUAUUAUAGAAUUCAAGAAAACAGAAAUGUAGACAGAGGUUUUAAUUCGGCUCGGAUCGGUUCGAGUCUCGCGAUGUUGUAGUUGUAGUUUAUAUAGCACACAUGGACUAUUUGAUAGAUAUAUUCCUCUGAUAUUGCGGAGGUUAAAUUACAUAUGUUUAUUGUAGGCAAAAUAAGGAACUGGUCAAGGAUAUUUGAGUGAACAUAAAGAUAGUCAGGGUAAUUUUUUUUCGUUCAAUGGUUCUUCGGGGGAAUAUGUUAACCCCUGCGAAUCUUCAAUGGAGACGAAAAACAAUAGGCGUGGAGACCGACUUAUCUAAGGCCUAGUUCAGUUGUUUAGACGCCGUUUUUUUGAUGUACCGUUCCAAACGAAAAAACAUGCAAAUUGUCAAUUGUUGACAUCUUCAUUUGCAUUCAAUUGAAUUUGGAACGGUACACGAAAAGAACAUCUAGACGAGGUCUAAGUAAGACUCACUGAGGGGGCUGUUGCUGUUUGAAUUAUCGGGGCUUUACUGUAAAGGGGAUAUUUGAAUGAUAAAAUGUAUAAUCAAAA